AUGGACUAUUCCAAGUCAUACCAAUUUUCUUGGGCUCGCAAUCCAAAUUGGUCCCAGUAUUGUUCGAAGUCGGAAGAGAUUUGGCAACACUUGAAGGACACGGCCAAGAAGUUCGGCCUGGAAAAAUACAUCAAGUAUAAUCAUAGAGUUGAGUCUGCCACUUGGGACGAAGAUUCGGGACUAUGGAAGCUGUCCAUCCUCGGACCUGACGGAUCAUUGCUCUCGGAUUCUUGCGAAGUCCUUGUGAACGGUGGAGGGAUCCUUAACUCCUGGAAAUAUCCUGAUGUGCCGGGGAUCGACGUCUUCCAAGGAAAGCUGAUGCACAGCGCUCGAUGGGAUCAGCAGUACGACUUUGCAGGGCAAGAUAGUUGCGUCGGACCCGCUGACAAGAUAUUUACCAUGCUCAUCAUAGUGGCAAAAAAUGUCGUAUCAUUUCUCAGAUCCCCCGUGUGGGUCACUACUGGAUUCGGCGCCAAAUAUGCUGGACCUAACGGUACUAAUUUCCAUUAUUCUGAAGAGCAAAAGACGAAGUUUACAAAAGACCCGGCGUUAUACCACCGAUACUGCCGCGACCUAGAAGGCGAGCUUAACAAGAGAUUUGCGUUGCAACGACCAGAAAUCUUCAAGGAGUUGGUCACGAAGAUGAUGACGGAGCGGUUGGGUCACCACCCUCAACUGACCGAAUAUCUGAUUCCCGAUUUUGCUCUUGGAUGCCGCCGAAUGACUCCCGGAUCAGGAUACCUCGAAUCCCUGAUCCAGCCCAACGUACAAGUGGUGUGUCAAUCGGUAGAGAGAAUCACCGAAAAUGGUGUUGUAGACGGCUUUAGUGUCCAUCAUGAGGCGGACGCAAUCAUAUGCGCGAGCGGAUUUGACACGUCCUUCAGCCCGCAUUUUCAAGUCACCGGUCGCAACGGGCGAGAUCUCCAAAAGACCUUUGGCGAUUUCCCCAAGGCCCGCAUGGGCAUCAUGGCCGAGGGAUUUCCGAAUCUGUUUCACUUUCUUGGGCCUAAUUCCCCACACACGCGAUACAUGUUCCAAGUGAUCGACAAGCUCCAGGUCGAGAAUAUCAAGUGUUUCGACCCCAAGCCCGAAUGCAUUCACGACCUGUUCAAUCACACUCAUGAGCUCAUGAAACGGUUGACCUGGAGUGCGGCGUGUAAUUCGUGGUUCAAGAAUGGCAAGAAACACGGGCCUGUGACCGCAAUCUGGCCCGGUAGUAGACUUCAUUACUUUGAGGCCAUGGACCGACCGCGCUACGAAGACUACAACAUUACCUACCGUAGCAAUAACUGA